UUCUUCAUCUGCUUGCGCGGACACAAAGUGUCUGCAUCUUCAUCUCACCAUCGUCUCCUCCGAGGAAGACAAGACACCCCCCCCCCCUGACCCUCUCCCCGCCGAGUCGCCAUGGCAACGGUCAUCUGCACUCGUUUCACGGAGGAGUACCAACUGUACGAGGAGCUGGGCAAGGGCGCUUUCUCCGUGGUGCGUCGCUGUGUCAAAGUACUGUCGGGUCAGGAGUACGCCGCCAAGAUCAUCAACACCAAGAAACUCUCCGCUCGAGAUCAUCAGAAGUUGGACCGGGAAGCUCGAAUCUGUCGUUUACUGAAGCACCCGAACAUCGUGCGUCUCCACGACAGCAUCUCCGAGGAGGCUCAUCAUUACCUCAUCUUCGACUUGGUGACGGGUGGCGAGCUGUUUGAGGACAUUGUAGCCCGGGAAUAUUACAGUGAAGCUGAUGCUAGUCAUUGUAUCCAACAGAUCUUGGAGGCGGUCCUUCACUGUCACCAGAUGGGCGUGGUCCACCGAGACCUGAAGCCAGAGAACCUGCUUCUAGCCUCCAAGUCCAAAGGCGCCGCCGUCAAACUGGCCGACUUCGGUCUCGCCAUCGAGGUGGAGGGCGAGCAGCAGGCGUGGUUUGGUUUCGCGGGGACUCCCGGCUAUCUUUCCCCCGAGGUCCUGAGGAAGGACCCCUACGGGAAAGCGGUGGACCUGUGGGCCUGUGGUGUGAUCCUCUACAUCCUGCUGGUGGGCUACCCCCCGUUCUGGGAUGAAGACCAGCACCGGCUGUACCAGCAGAUCAAGGCGGGAGCGUACGACUUCCCGUCCCCCGAGUGGGACACGGUGACCCCGGAGGCCAAGGAUCUUAUCAACAAGAUGCUGACCAUCAAUCCAGCCAAACGCAUCUCGGCGGCGGAGGCGCUCAAACACCCGUGGAUCUCGCAUCGCUCCACGGUGGCGUCCUGCAUGCACAGGCAGGAAACGGUGGAGUGCCUGAAGAAGUUCAACGCCCGACGCAAACUCAAGGGAGCCAUCUUGACCACCAUGUUGGCCACCAGGAACUUCUCAGGAGGAAAGAGCGGCGGCAACAAGAAGGCCGACGGCGUCAAGGAGUCCUCCGAGAGCACAAACACAACCAUCGAGGACGAGGACACUAGAGUGAGAAAGCAAGACAUCAUCAAAGUGACGGAGAUGCUAAUCGAGGCCAUCAGUAACGGUGACUUUGAGAGUUACACAAAAAUGUGUGACCCGGCCGUGACGGCGUUUGAACCCGAAGCUUUGGGGAACCUGGUCGAAGGGUUGGACUUCCAUCGCUUUUAUUUUGAAAAUUUGUGGUCGAAGAACAGCAAACCGGUGCACACCACCAUCUUGAACCCUCACAUCCACCUGGUGGGGGAGGAGGCGGCGUGCAUCGCUUACAUCCGCGUGACGCAGUACAUCGACGCCAACGGGACGCCACGCACCGUCCAAUCAGAGGAGACUCGGGUGUGGCACCGCCGUGACGGGAAGUGGCAGAUUGUCCACUUUCAUCGCUCAGGCUCCGCCUCCACGCUUAGCAACUGACGUCCUGUCCUUUGAAUGGAUCACUAUCGCCUUGACAACCGAUUGAUUGACAGCAGGCCCGGCAUGUGACACAACCGUCUGGAAUUAGUUUGAGGAGAAAAUGGAGAAAGAGGACGGGUGGGCGGGGCCAAAUCUUUUUUUGACCCACGGAAAAGACUUUAACUCGGUGGUGUACGUAUUUGCUCUCGUGACGUAGUUGAACAAGAUGACAUGCUGAGUGACAGGUGACAGCGCCCCCUAGUGGCCGGAGGCUUUAGCACAAAGACCGUGUUAGCAUAGCAUGUGACUCAUUCGAUGUAAAUGUACUAGUGAAUGUAAACAAAAACAAAAAAUGCCGUGACAGUCAAAAGUGGAUGGUCAUCCAGCAGAGGGCGCUGGGAAAGAAAAUGAAACCGAUUUUUAUUUUUAUUUUUUUUCAUGAAUUGUUUGUUUUCCAUCCAGAAGCUUCCUCUCCGACCUGCGAGCUUCCACACACACCUGCACACAUUUCCUCUUCCUCCUCCAGUCAACUAUAGGCCCCGCCCCUCAAUGACCAUGUGACUAUUAACGCCAUCGUUCCUCAAAAUGACACUUUUCGAUCAUUAAUGACAGUUUCGGGGUUGAAGCCGCGUGCACCUGCUUGAUUAGCAUUUAGGACGGGCGACUUUUUACUGCAUGCUUUUAACUUGGUAACUACUUCCUCUUUGUAAUCGUGUGGCUUGUGGCCUCCGGGCAGGGUCAAAGGUCAGCUUGUUUGCGCUUUUAAAAAACGUUGCUCACGCACACACGCCCCCGCUAAUAUUUAUCUCUACUUUGGUUUGCUCAUGCUUGAAAGUGAAGACAUUAUUGAAAGUGAAAUAUUUCUCUUGGUGCCGUGCUCAUCGUGACUUUAUGACCUCCGACCUCCGCGGUCCGAACCUUACUGCUGUUUGCUGAUGACAUCGUCAUGCAAAUAGACAGGAAGUGCUCCUUUUUCUCCUUUUUUUUUAAGCGCCGUGAGCCGCCGUUGCUUUGGCUACGAGAUACGAUGCGCUACACGUGCUGACAGUCACGUCUCAGGUGUAAAAAAUGCUCGUCGUCGUAAACGUGUCGGUGGCUGCAUGCUCGCCGUGUAACAGGAAGUGAACGUGUGUGUGUGUGUGUAUGUGUGUUGAGUGAGCGCAAGCGCGUCGUGCUCCAGUGUUGUAAAUAAAAAAGUUGAUCCAACCACA